UCCGGUUUGCUUAGUAGACGGGUGGUGAUAUCACUGGUUCCGUACAUCGGGAAAGUGUCUCUAAAGUCGCCUGCAAAUUGGGAGUCAAGUCAGUAUUGCUAACGAAAGUGUCGUGUGGAAAGGCCACCGAGUGUACUGAUAAGGGGAACAACUAUUGCUGAACACUCCGGGUGUACUGUUUUCUUUGUGCAAAUCAAAUUUGGCUGGUUCACAACAAUAACGAUCGCAUUUUACGGUGAUCACUUGUAUACCAAUACCAACUACGACUUACAAGCGGUGUCAAGUUUCGCGAAUGUGAGAACACCACUCUACGUCGAUUACUAAGCGAACAACUUCCACUCCAGUUUUCAUAUCCAGUACCCUGUUAUCUACAUUGUAAACAAUGGCAGACGAAUUCGACGCUUGUGAAUGUUUCUGGAGCCAUGAAAUUGCGAUGCGGCGACUAUUGUCGUUGCUUCGACAGGGGCAGUCACAUUGCAACGACAGCGAAUGCACCGAUCUUCCCAGUCUCCCAGAGGUCAAUGGAGGAAUUAACUUCUUUCUAAUAAUCGUGGCGUUGAUUUUUAUGGCUGUUAUGUAUGUGAUGAGACCGGCUUCUCUCCGACGAGGAAAUGACCUCAACAAAGCACUACCACCUCCAUCAAACGAUGGACCCAAUAACGAUGGUGCACCACCUUCGGUAUCCUGAAAGAAUUGAUGGUCUCUCGCCAAUGAAACGCACAAAUGGAUAUAGAGGCAUUCCUCCGCAGCACUAACGAUGAAGACAGAGCGCUCUGGUUUUAACGUAUAGCGCAUUUUAUUUUCCCUUUCCUGCUACGAGCAACGAGCAUUGAAACCUUUAAAAACACACACACGCAACUGAUAGCAACCUAAUGUGUUGUUACUUAAACCAAUUCUUUGCAAUUUAACGUAUGUUUCCCAGUAUCUAAAGUUGAACUUAAAUGUGGCAAAAGCCCAUCGUAAAAACAAAAGAAGGAAACAAAUAGCGGCUUCGUAACAACACUUCCUAAAUGCCAAUCUAUUCACAAUUUUUAUUGAAAGGCGGAUCAGCACAAAACAUUUAUUUUAUUUUUAUUUAGCUUCAAAGAUUCCUUUUUCAGUAAUUAAUAAUUUUUUAAAAUCAAAACCUAUUCUAAGCGUUUGCUAGCAUCUCAAAAUGUAUCUUGUGGUAUCAAUUUGUUUCCGGUGAUAUUAAUUAUUAUUACUGUUCUGUUAUUUUGUUAAACAUUACUAAACAGUUUCAGUUUUUUAUUCAAUUCUUUUAUUACCAUCUCCCGUAAAAUGUUUCUGGUCAAUGAUGUGAUUUAAACAUGUCUGUGUUUAUUUUUGUCUUUGCUGCACGAAAUAUUUAUACGAAGCUAAAUCAUAGAUAGACCAAUUAUUCCACACAACUUUUUCUUGACUCUUUCCUAUCAACGGUGGUUGAUGUUCCGAAAUGUGUACAAAAGACAAACUAUAGGAGAUCGUUUAUAGUUCAAAUGGAUAGAGGAAAGCAGUUUCCAGUUCAUUAUGGAUGAAUAAAAUCAAGCAUUUUGUCAUGUAAAACACACAA